CUGCUACUCAUGCUGGCUUGCCCUCUACCUGCAUGAUUGUCCACCAAGCCGCGAUGCACUUGCACGAUUGUCGUCCGCGGUUUCAAACCGUCCGCAGGCGUUUCACUUUUGAAACGGCGACCGCCUCUUCGAUCACAUUUGCUUCGUGAGCACCACAUCGACCAUGGCGGACGGCGCGGAGUACAGCGUCGAGUACACGGACGAGAACCCCGAGGAGUUGAAGUGGCUCAAGCGGGCAGGCCCGGUCAAGAUCACGUACCCGAAUGGGGACACGUUCGAAGGGACCGUCAACUUGGAUCGACUCAAGCACGGUCACGGCAAGUACACGUGGAACGAAAAGACCGACGACGACGAAGUCAAGGAGGUUGCGUGGUACGAAGGCGCGUACGAAAACGGCAAGAAGCACGGCGUGGGCAAGAUGCUGUUUCCGAAUGGAGAUACGUACCACGGCCAAUGGACCAACGACACGAUCCAUGGCGACGGCACGGUGGUGUACAAGAACGGCGACAUCUUUAGCGGGUCGUUCGACCACGGCAUCAAACACGGCAAAGGCACGUACGAAUUUGCCGACGACAAGAGCCAACUCAUUGGGAAUUGGCACCAAAACGCAAUCGUGGACGGCAAGUGGCUGUUCCAAGACGGCGGGUACUACACGGGGCGGUUCGACAACGCGACCCCCAUCGGCCACUGCUUGCUCCAGUUCCCCAAUGGCCUCCAGCAAGAAGGCGAGUACGUCAAACUCGACACGACCAACGCCGCGGGGGACACCAUUCAGGUCCACACGUGGAAGGGCGAUGCCAUCACCAAAGUGUUUUAACCCAGUGCUGCAACACGUAUUGUUUCUCGA